AUGGCCAGUGCACGUGUUGCCAUUUCCAAACCCUCGCUCAACAUGCUGCGCGUGCUACUGGCAGGGGUGCUGGCGACGGUCGUCGUCGGCGACUGCCCGUACGCGGGCAUCAAGGGCAAUGUGCUCGUGGCCGACGCCACGUGCGGCAAGAACCUCACCAUAUGCGGCGUCAACUCGACGUGCGAUGUCACAAUCAACUCGAUCAACGCUUCGAUCCCAACGUACACGGGCUGGUCGGCCGUCGGCAACCUGGACCUGUACCCGCUCGAGACCCUCACCAUCAAAAACUCGGCGUCCGUGACCAUCCGCAAGAUGUCGCUGCCGCUCAAGCUCCAGACGCUCAUCUUUAAGAACGUGACGUCGGUCGAUCUGACGUCGACGACCGAUACCAAGUGGGACUCGCUCUCCGUCUUGCAAUUCCUCGAGUGCCCCGGCGUGAGCUUCUCGAACACGAUGAAGUGGCCGUCCAAGCUCGACCUCGUGAUUCUGCGCAAUAAUGCACUGAGCAACAUCCCGCAGUUUCUACCGUCGACACUAACGGCGCUGGCCAUUCAAGGCAAUACGCUGGUCGACCUCACGUACCUGCCCAAGUCCAACCUCACGCUUUUGAAUCUGGACACCAAUUAUAUCAAGAGCAUCACCGAUCACGACUGGCGCAGCUUGGACUUUCUGCGUUUGUCUAACAACACGCGACUCGAAACCAUUGCGAACGUCCAGCUCUCAACCAAGCUCACCUAUUUUGAUGUGGGCAACUGCUCGUCGCUCCAGAAUUUUACCGUCGACGCGAGCACGUUCAGUGCGCUCAACGCGCUCAAGCCGUGGGCCGGCAACACGUCCGAGCUCACGGGCUUUGUGACCAACUACGCGAUUGCGACCGAUGCAACCGCGUGCACGGGCAACGGUGGUACGAUCCAGAGCCUCUGGAAGGACACGGCCAAGCUGCCCGUGUCGGUCUGCGUCACGACGGUCAAGGCUGCAUCGACCACAGCGCCACCAACCACAUCGUCGUCCAACACGGGGCUCAUUGUCGGUAUCAUCGUCGGCGUCGUCGUCAUUGCUGCUGCAGUCGGCUUCUUCAUCUACCGACGCCGCAAGCACGCAGCGCCCGAACCGAGCAUCUACCACCGCUACGAGCCGCCGACGUUCUUCAACGACAACAACACGGCGGGGACGAACGGCACAGGAGUUUACACCAACAAGUCCAUCGGGACCAACGGCACGGGUGGACAAACCAUUGGCACCGGCCCAACAAACGGCACCUCGGGCUCGCGUGGUGCGCUGCAGUACACGGACGCCGACGUCGUCUUGAACGUCAAGCCGCUCCUCCACCACCGACUCGAGCUCUCGGACCUCUACGUCACGUCCAACAAACCGCUGGCGUCCGGCGCAUUCGGCGAAGUCUGGCUCGGCACGUACGGAGGCAAGCAAGUCGCGAUCAAGCGCAUGAAGAACCAAGAGGCGCGCAUGGUCCAAAAGUUCAUUGAUGAAAUCGUGCUCAUGUCCCAGAUGGACAGCGACUACAUUGUCAAGUUUGUCGGCGCCAGCUGGACCCGCCCGAUCGAGAUCGAGUGCGUCGUCGAGUACAUGGACCUCGGCGACCUUCGCAGUUACCUCGUGAACCAGUCGCCGGCGCAGUUCAGCUGGGACCAAAAGCUCAACUGCAUCACCAGCAUCGUCCGCGGUCUCGUCUACCUCCACACGUACAAGCCGCCGAUCAUCCACCGCGACAUGAAGUCCCGCAACGUCCUGUUGGACUCGGUCAAGGGCACCAAGCUCACCGACUUUGGCGCGUCCCGCGUCGCCGAAGAAGACGAUCUCAUGACCAACGGCAUUGGCACGUACCAGUGGAUGGCGCCCGAAGUCAUCUCGGGGACCAACUAUGGCGCGCCGGCCGACAUUUACUCGUUUGGUAUCAUCUUGUCCGAGUUUGCGACGCACCAAGUACCGUACGCCGACAAGCGCCACCCAGAGACGGGCAAGGCCUUACCCCAGCACUACGUACUGAACCACGUCCGCGAAGGCAAGAUGCACCCGACGUUCAACGGUCCGGGUGUGCCGUCGUGGGUCCAGGACAUUGGUCUGCAGUGCUUGCAGCUGCACGAAGACGACCGUCCGACCGCACUCAUGCUCUCGGCGCUGCUCAGUCGCUGCAAACCGUAAACCCUAACAAUGUCGUUUCGGUUCAUAUCCUGGUCGCUGCAAUCUUAUCUAUUGAGCGUCUCGGAGCUCGCCGAACGUUUGGAAAUGCUGAA